CAAGGCCCAUUGGGCCUACCCAAUCAAAUUGAUCCAAAAUCAAACUUGGCCCACUUUUAAAUCACCAAAAACCCUUUUUUUUUUGUUCACCAUUGCAAGUUGAAAAACUUCAGAGGGGCAAAUGGAAUUACAGAGGAAUUGAGGGUCUGAAAUCUGCCCACCCUUUCUUCUCCACUGCUCCCCCCCAAAAACAUUCACUCUUUCCUUUCCCUCCCUUUUAUCUUCCCCCCUCUUUUUGUACCAAAUCUCCAUUGAUUAAACUUUCAGCAAAAAAAAAAAAAAAAAAAAAGCUUUUCACUCUCAAUUUUUGGCGUACAUUUUCUCGCCGCUGCUUCUCUUUUCUGUGGACCGACGCAAGGUUUAUGGAGCGCGGUUGAAUCUUUGGUUAUUGAUGGUUCUACUAUCAUACUUUUGGUUUUGAGGUGCAAAAAAGUUUUUCUUUUGAAGGCCAAGAGCUCUGUGCUGCUUGGCCAAUCCAGUCAAGAAUCAUAUUCUUAGCGAUAACGCGAAGAGGAGGAUUCACAAAUUCUUUGUCAACUUCCGUACUGGUAUAUUAGCAAUGGAAUGCAACAAAGACGAGGCUAUCCGGGCCAAAGAACUCGCGGAGAAGAAAAUGGAAAAUAAUGAUUUCAAAGGUGCUCAAAAGAUUGCUAUGAAAGCGCAGGCUCUCUACCCAGAACUGGACAAUAUUGCUCAGCUGUUAAGCAUCUGCACAGUUCACUGUUCAUCAGAAAAAGGGCUUUUGGGAUCUGAAAAGGACUGGUAUGGGAUCCUUCAAGUUGAAAAGUUGGCUGACGAGUCAAUGAUCAAGAAACAAUAUCGUCGGCUAGCACUAACUCUCCAUCCUGACAAGAACCGAUUUCCUGGUGCAGAGAGUGCUUUCAAGUUGAUUUGCGAAGCCAACGCAGUUCUGUCGGACCCCGCAAAAAAAUCUUUAUACGACGCUAAGGUCAGGGUUUUGAGUAGAUCUGGUCCAGCAAAUUCAACAGUUCACCACAUUAACAGAAGUUCUAAUGUUAGCAAUCAAAAUGGUGCCCAAACCAAAGUUCCUAAUGGCUUUACCAAUCCGAAUCAACAUCAAUCAACUCAGUCAACCUCCUCUACCAGUCAAGAAGUGUUCUGGACAUGCUGCCCGUUUUGUCAUGUCGAAUACCAGUACUUAAGACAAUUUAUUAACAGAUCUUUGCGCUGCCCGUCAUGCGAAAAGGCAUUUGUGGGGUAUGAAGUAAGACCUCGAGGUGUGGGGUCCAAGUCAAGCCAACCAGGUGCUCAACGCGUGCCUCCUAAACCUGUCCCGAGUCGAGGUGCUGCUUUCCAAGAAACGGCCGUCCCAAAUCAGGGGAACUGCAAAACGGGUGUUCGAAAUGAUGAAGGACCUUCAGCACAACAUGCUGGAUCACAAGGACUUGCCGGCGCAAAAACUGUUCGACCAGAACCAAGUGCCCGGACAGGAAGUGAUAAGGCACAUGCUGCCAUGAUAGCUAGGAAUUUGAAAAGCAAAGGAACAGAUACUCAUAAUGGCAGUUCAAUGAAUGGUGGAAAGGGAGUUGAAACAUCGAAUGGUGAUGCAAUUUCUAAAGAAGCAGGACAGGUGGGAAACAAAGGCAGGAAGAGGGAUAGGAAGGUAUUGAAUGAAUCUAGGGAGACAAAUCACUUUGAUGAGGAAGAUCUGAACGUGAAAGAGAGUUUUGCACGGAGAUCACCACGGAAAAAGCAGCAUGUCACAGAUAAGGAAUCGGGUGUGAAGGAGCCAAAGGCUACUGUGGUUAGUGAAGAUUCAAAGCAUGACAAUCAAAGUAGUUUCGCUAGUAAUGCAUAUUGUUCGAAGUCGAAACCUGAAGAAAUGGGAACUUUUCAGCCCAAAGAAAGCUUUCGUGACAAGAAUGCUGACUGUAAUAAAGAAGGUAAGGCGAGAGGAGAAACUGGCGACAAGCCGAGCACUGGUGUUGAUACAGUUCACAUUGAUAGUGAUUCCGACGAAGAUAUCUCCCGUAUCGAUAAAGCAGCUAUUGAGAUAGAAUGCCCCGAUCCAGAAUUUAGCAACUUUGAGAAGGCGCGAGAUGAAAACCGUUUUCAGGUUAAUCAAUUCUGGGCUUGUUACGACACAGUAGAUGGCAUGCCAAGAUUCUAUGCAAAGGUGAAGAAGGUCCGUUCUUCUCCAUUCCAAUUGACCAUCACCUGGUUAGAAGCUGUUCCCAUUGAUAAAACUUUUCAAAAAUGGGUAGACGAGGAGUUGCCGGUUGGCUGUGGCGGUUUUAAGCUCGGCGAUACUGAUAAAACAUCGGUACGUCUAUCGUUCUCUCAUCAAGUACAUAUCGAGAAAGGAAAGAAGAGAGGUUCUUUAGUCAUAUACCCAAAGCAAGGCGAAGUUUGGGCUCUUUUCAAGAACUGGGAUACGAGCUGGAGUUUGAACCCUGAGAAUCACAGAGACGAGUUUAAAUAUGAAAUUGUCGAGGUUGUCUCAGAUUUCGUUGAAGGUGCUGGACUAAAAGUUGGUUAUUUGGACAGAAUUGCUGGAUUCGUGAGCCUUUUUCAGAGAGCAAGUGAAAGAGAGGCUGAUUUGUUUUGGGUAGGGGCGAAUGAACUGUACAAGUUCUCGCAUUGUGUGCCGUCUACCAAAAUGAGUGGCGAUGAGAGAGAAGAUGUGCCGGUGGGUUCGUUCGAACUGGAUCCUGCUUCUCUACCUUUGAACCCUGAUUACUUGUAUUACCCUAGCAAAGCAAAGAUGGCAAACAUAAAUGGGAAAAUUGGAGUCUGUUCUUCUCCGCUUAAAUCGGCUAAGGAAAAGGGUAAAUCUAUGGCAUCUGAGGAAACGAGUACUCCAAAGAAGUUUGCGGGCUUCAAACGAGUUCAAGGUGAGAUGUCUAGACUCCGUAGAUCUCCUAGAGGACUUAAUCCUAUUUAAGAAAAAAUGCGAAUUGAUUCUAUCUUUUGUAGUCCAGAAAAAAAACACUUUAAUCCUAUGUUGCUGUUAGAGAUUUGUAGUUAGCCAUGGUGAUAUUUGGCUGAUUAGCUGGUGACGUUUUUUUGCUUUGCUUACGCAACUUAUUGGGUUAAAAGCAUGGACACACAUCCGAGAGUGUUUUGGGGAGCUUUUUCCACCAUAUGUUUUUUUGGUAAUCUGUAUAUUUAUUGGAAAAAUCAAGAAGUUGAUGGCUUACAAAUAAGCUCGAGAAAUCUCAACGGUGUUUUACUAGGAAUGACGUUUGAUUGACUGUCGAGUAGUAACCACCUUGUAGUGGACAGAUGAACCUUUUUUAAGCUACAUGAAUUUAUAUUGCAGCUGC